AAACAAAAAACUAAAAAAAUUAUGAAAAAUUGUAACACAAUGAUAAAUUUUGAAAUAUAAAACGGAGUAAUUCGAAAGAAAAAAAUCUUAAAAAAUAUUUGACUAUUUAACCUUGUAGUUAUAUGUUUUUAGUAUAAAUUUUUUUUUGAAAAAUUAAUUUCUAUCCAUUUGUUAGAAAGUUAUUGAAUUUAAAGCAUAAAUGGAUUCCGCGCGCGGUGUUACCUACAGUGUUUGUUUUUGUGAUUAUUUAAAAAAUGGAGGGUGAUGGAAAAAAACGGACAAUGUAGUCAUUUUUAGCGCAUUAAAAUUCUAUAGUAACAACCUUCAAAGUUCAAAACGCAAGACCACAUUAAACGUAAAUCGUAUAGAUAACACUGCGAGAGAUGCAUUUAUGCUUUAAGGGGGGGGGUAGGGUUUUGCACUUUCAAAAAAUCGAUUUUUUUUUGUCUUUUCUUGUAGUUAAACAUUUCAAUAAUAUAUUCUCAAAAUUUUAAGUUGAUCCGAGCAAAAUUCUCAAAGUAAUCAAGUAGUUAGUCUCCGUUCAUUCAAACUGUUGUUCCGACAGCUGCGGACGCUCAGAACGGCAGAGCGUAGCUGAUGAGCAGGUAUACAGUUUAUUUACUUGGGGAUCAUUCUCGACCUUCUGGCAGUAUUGUUAGACGGGCCCGGUUUUUCGCGCAUGCGCGUCAAAUAAGGACACGAGCGUCAGUUAGUUGUGGAACGUUUGAUUGUGCGCUUGUUUUGAGUGAUUUAAUAAUUUUGUAAAGAUCUUUUCUAUUAAACAAUGCCGAGAAUAUCUAAGGUUUCGAGAGAUGAUCGAAGAAAUAUUAGAACUUUUUUGUGUAGGUCAAAAAAAAGACCAAAUUCAAGUAAACAAAAAAAGGAUGAAACUAGUACGUCGAGUGCAUCAUAAAAAAAAAAUAAAAUUAAGUAUCAAUGCGAGCGUGCCGGAAGACGUUGAACAACAUUAUAGAAUUGUAGAUUUUUUGCUUGUUUUCUCGACAAUUUCAACGUUAGUGAAAUAUGCUCAGUGUGAUAGUUCAGUUCAGUUUGAAAGUAGCAAAAAAGAAGGUCUUGGUUUUGAAAUUCAGGUUAAAUGUGCUAAAUGUAAUCCACGCUAUAUACCGUCGAGUGACAAAACUGGUCAUCGCUAUGAAAUCAACACUCGAUUUGUUUUCGUAAUGCGUGCAUUAGACUUGGGUUUAGCAGGCUGUAAUAAGUUUUGCGGUCUCAUGGAUAUUGCAAGCAAUUUUGUAUCAAAAACGUCUUAUUUGCAAAUAAUGAAAAUGAUUUGCUCCAGCGUAGAAACGACUGCUAAAAAUUUUCUCCUUUCCGCCGCAAACGAAGAAAAGCAAAAAACACGUGAAAACUCGGAGUCUGAUACUUUGACUGUUUCUGGCGAUGGCACGUGGCAUAAGCAAGGCUACAACUCCUCCUUUGGCGUCACUUCAUUGAUUGGUUAUUGGACUGUGAUUGAUAUUUUCAUAAGUAGUUUGCAUUGUCAACUUUGCAAAUUAUGGGAAAAAAAAUGAAGACUGCUGAAUUUGAAGAGUGGUACUCACAACACGUUGCUAAUGAUGAAUGUGAUGCCAAUCAUACUGAACCAUCAGGUAACACGGAAGUAGGCGCAGUAAUCGAAAUGUUUCGCCGCUCAGAAGAAAAUUAUGGAGCAAAAAUUAGCAAUUAUAUUGGAGACGGCGACAGUAAAACUUACGGCAAUUUAGUGCAAGCGAAACCUUACGGUGAAAACUUCACUAUAAAUAAAAAAGAAUGUGUAGGCCAUGUACAGAAACGAAUGGGAAAACGUUUACGUGAUUUGGUAAAUACGACUACUGAAGAUGUAGUCGUGAAAACAGGAAAAAAUGCAGGUAGAACGCGGCGAAGUAAAAUACUUGGCGGUAAAGGAAAACUUACUGGAAAAGUAAUCGAUAAUUUGAGUCGAUACUACGGAGCAGCAAUAAGGCAUAAUUGUGAUUCGGUCGAGAAAAUGAAAAAUGCGAUCUGGGCCACGUACUACCACCAGCAGUCGACAGACGAUAAUCCUCAACACGAUAUGUGCAUGAGCGAUAAGAAUUUGUGGUGUCCUUAUCAAAAAGCUCUGGCCACAACAGGAGUGGAGAAUUUCCAGCACAAUUACACUCCACUUCCAGAAGAUGUCAUCCAAGCUAUAAAACCAAUUUAUGAAGAUUUGAGCAAGGACGAACUUCUGGAAAGAUGUCUUGGAGGUUUUACCCAAAAUGCAAACGAAAGUUUGAACCAACUUAUUUGGAGAAUCGCACCAAAAAAAUUAUCUGGCAGCAAACAAAUUGUUGAAUUUGCAGCCUAUGUAGCUGCAUGCACUUUCAAUGAAGGUGCUGGUGCUUUCCUCACCUUUCUUUCUGAUAUGAACGUCAGCCUUGGGCCGAGCGCUCACGAAUACGCAAGAUUGGAGGACAGCUGUCGCAUCAACAGGGCCGAUAUACGAGCUGAGCAGCACAGCAAAGAAGCCAGAAUAAAGCAAAGACUCGAAAAAAAGAGGCUGAAGACAUCGAAGCUGCUGCAGGGAUUGUACUCUAUGGAGCUGGAAUCGAUGAUUCAGUAUAAUUUUCAACUGAGAUACAAUGAACACCGUAAAUCGUCUUUUUCCAAAGGCGCUCUGGGAAAAGUUCUGUCACCGGCUUAUUUGUGAAUAUUUUUGCAUCAAAAUUGUACAGAAUAUUCUUAAAACCAUACUUAAUAAUGCACAAAAGGUUUUAAUAAAUUUACUCAAACCAUUUUUCUAAAAAAAAUUCGUAAAAAAAGUGUAUCUUUUUACGCUAAAAACCCUACCCCCCCCCCCUUAAAUUCAAUAAUUUUUUAACAAAUGGUCAAAAAUUUAUUUUUGAAAAAAGUAGUUUAAACUAGAAACAUACAGCUUUAAUCUUAAAUGGUCAAAUAUUUUUUUAAGAUUUUGUUCUUUUGAUUUACUUGAUUUUAUAUUUCAAAAUUUAUCAUUUUUUUAAGAUUUUUUCAGUUUUUUGUUUACGAUUUACAUAAAACAUUUUUAUAAGUUACGAAAAAAUAUUUUCAGUAUUUUUUGAACAUUUCUGUGUAAAAUGCCGUAAGCUGACUUUGCUAUUAUUUUUUAGCCAGAAAAAAUUAUAAAUAAAUUUGAAAAAAACUGUUUUUGUUUUUGAUUAUUUAAAAAAUGGAGGGUAAUGGAAAAAAACGGAUAACAUAGUCAUUUUCAGUGCAUCGAAAUCUUAUAAAAACGUUCUUCAAAGCUCAAAACAUAAGAUUCCCCCUAAAAUUUUGUAAACCUGUGUACUUGACGUCGAAUUUUAAAUUCCUUCAGCAUAUUGUCCAUGAUGGCAUUACAAAAUUGACGAACUGAAGCGUUUUGAUUUUUCUUCCAGUUUGCAUUUGAACGUAGUUCUUGUAUUACAAGAACUUGGUGUUAACCUUUAACUUGUUCUUAAGAAAGUAGACUUUGUCUAGCAUGUAUAGUUGUCCGUGAACGUCAAGAAAUAAUGCGCACGAUUUCGAGCGGAGCUUAUGUACGUUUUUCACAUUUUGAAAAAGAAAAGGUUGCGAGGUUGUUUGACUGUGCAAGCAUCACAUGCGAAGAGAACAUCGUUGACUUUAAAUUUUAGACACGAGACCAUGUUGCUCCGGAGCAUCAGUAACAUGUCCUUCCAAUUCAGGUAUCUGAGCCUUAGACGCCAAUCUUUCAUAUGAUUAGAUGCUUCAUUUGACGCAGCGUUUGCUGAAUUUCUUCUCUCAAAUAGAAUAGGUCAUCCACACGAUUGGCCACCAUUUUCACGUUUUCAUCGACGUCCCGUACGUAGCCGCAAUUUUUGAGUGAACAGAAUCUGAUGACUUCUAUCGACAAUCUUAGGACAAAAGAUUUGCGCGCAAUGUCGGUACAUGUAAUGCAUUCUACAACGUAACAAUUUUAUUUUGCUUACUGUUUGAAACUGUUAAUUGCACGUCUCCCUUGGCUGUUAUUGAGGCUGUUGUGUCAUUUGCUGGAUUUACACUACUGCUAAUUUGACGCGAGUUUAUAAAUAGUUCAGAGUGCUUGCACAGGUGCUAGGUACAGCCGCUAGACACCAUUUAUGAUCAGUGACAGUAUUGUAUGCCGAAUCCGCCAGCGUCCUUUCAUUUGUGUAAAAUAAUUUAUUUGUCGCGAUGGCGUUCUGUGUGUCUACUUUUUACUUGUGGUUGCAGUCAGAUGUUUUGUAUCUUUUUUGCUUGCAAUAGCUGUAUUUUUAUUUGAUCGGGUUCUUUGACGAUGUUAUCCUUGUCGGUCGAUUGAUAUUAUUAAAACCCUGCUUAAAGUUUGUUUUUAACAGAGAGCUAAUUUUCUCUUUGUGUCUUUUCUAGUUAAUGACCAAUUCAAGAUGGCAAGUUGCCGUGUUACGCCUUGAGUUUGUAUUUGUUUGUUUGUUUUAAUUUGGUAUUUUGCCAAAUAAACUUUAAUUCAGUUAAAUCCUAAUCAAUUUAAUUCCGUGCGGCAUGAGAAACCCCACGCGCUAGCAUUGGGAUUUGUACGUAUAAUUUUCAAAAAUGUUACAAUAAUAUAAAAAUAAUUAAAUAUCUGCUUUUGAAAAUAUUGCAACGUAACAUUGCGACAAUAUUAUAAUAUAUAUUCAAUAUAAAUAAUAUGUAUAAUACUUUGUAAUGUCAUGAUUAAGAUGUAAUGUCAUAUUUAAGAUAUUUUUAUCUAGUAAAACACAUUUCAGAAAUAUUGCGGCAAUAUUGCAAUAUUUCAGCAGUAUAGGGUGCGUUCCAAGUUGUGCAUGAAACGCAUGGAACGCAUUAGUGUUGCGCAGCGCUUUGAAACUGAAAAAAUUACAGAUUAGGUACGCCGAUUGCGUUAUUCCAAAUUACACGAAAGAAAUAUUAUUCGUGUAAUUGCUCUUCUAUUGCAAAGAUACAAAUACAAAAACGCAAUAUACAAAUGUUCCGUCACGGAAAAAUAACGUCGUCAAUUGUCACAACGCAUCAACUGCUUCAAGUCGAAAUUUAUGCAGUCAAUGCGCUAAGAGGGUUGCUACAAAUUCAGGACAGUUAAUACAAUCUAGGAAAUUCUUAGCGCUUUCAAUACGCGCAUUGGUUAACAGUCUAUGCACUUUAUGCGUAACUCGGAACGCAACCAGUAGAAAUGUUGCAAAGUAGCUGCAAUGUUCUGUAUUGUAUGAGAAUUUGAACAAACAAUAUAGGAUGUGUAUAUAAUAUUCAAAAAAUGUUGCGAAAUGUUACAAUUAUUAUUACACAUGUUACAAUUGCAGUAGCAGUAAAAUGUCCACUUUUAGGUAUAUUGCAAUAUAGUAUUGUAACAAUAUUAUAAUAUAAUAGGCUGAUUCGAAUAAGACUUUUGUGUGUGAAUACAAAUGAAUAUUUAACAUAAAUAAUAAAUAAUAAUCUUAAUAGAAUGCAUUAACAUUCAAACAAGAUGUAUUAACUGUUCACGCCCUACAGUCAUGGCCUAGCAGCAGUUUUUUCUAUAGUAUAACUAAUAAAACAAUUUCAUACAGAUUGGUUUUUACGUUUGCCACAAUCUAUUUUAAUAAUCUUAUCAAAAUUCUCAAUAAUUCAAAAACCAGAUGGCAAUAAAUGUACAAAACCGUGAUAAAGAUAUGUGAGAUCCAGAUUUAUAAAAGUAAAUAAAUAGAAAAUAAAACGUAUCACAGUUAAAA